AUGAAGCUAAAGCUUCUCGGUGCCGGCGGCGGGCGGCUGGGCUCGCUGGCGGGGCUGGGCCGCAGCGGGGCCGGCGCACUGGCGCUGCCCGGCUGCCUGCUGUACACGCGGACAGGCGCGGCGCCGCACCUCACGCACGACACGCUGCGGGAGGUGCGCGGCGUGCCCGGCGUGGCGCACAUCGCCCUGCCCGCCCUGGCAGAAAUUCAUGACGUCCUGGAAGAGUAUAAAGAAGGAGCAGCAAAAUUUAUGGGUUUGCCAGAUGCUGUGCUCUACUGCUCCCUGCAUGACCCAGUCACUCCCUGCCCCACUGGCUACAACACUAACAAGAUGGUCUCCCUGUGGGGAAGCUCAGGGCGCAUGGAGAUGACAGCUUCCAAGUUCAUGGACAUCCAGCGGGCCAUCCAGCCAGACUGGUUCCAGUGCAUCUCUGAUGGAGACACCAUUUCUGGGGAAGCUGGCAGAAAAAGAGCCAAGAAGUCUGUGGAUAGGUCACUUUCCUUCUUGGAUAUAUGCCUUCAGCUGCAAGAAAAAUUACCGGAACUACAAGGAAGUGUAAUGUUUGGAGCAAUUGAAGGUGGAGAGAUCUUGGAGGAGAGGCUCAGAUCAGCCAGGGAGACUGCCAAACGGCCUGUGGGUGGCUUUCUGCUAGAUGGCUUCCAGGGAAGUGCCAUGGCCAAGGAGACCAAGUUGAAACUGAUAGCUUCUGUCACAGCAGAGCUGCCAGAGGAUAAACCAAGAAUCAUUCAUGGUAUAGGCAAACCAGAUGAGGUGCUUGAGUGCGUUGAAAUGGGAGUGGACAUUUUUGAGAGCUUCUUUCCCUUCCAAGUGACUGAGCGAGGCUGUGCCUUGGUUUUCAGUUAUGACUGCCAUCCAGAUCCUGAAGCAACAGUUUUAAAACAAUAUGAGACCCAGGACCUGGAAAAGAAUGGUGCUCAAGAAGACCAGGAGGAAGUCUCCAAAGCUGACCCAGAAAUGACACCAUUUGAGAUAUCUCUGAAGGAUAAAAAAUACCACAAUGAUUUUGGUCCUUUGCUGGAAGGAUGCAGCUGUUACUGCUGUCAGAGGCACACUCGUGCCUACAUCCAUCACCUCCUGGAGACCAACGAGCUGCUGUCUGGUGUCCUGCUCAUGAUGCACAACUUCCAGCACUACUUUGGUUUCUUCAGUGCCAUUCGGGAUGCCUUAAGGGACAGUAAACUAGAUCAACUCAAGGAGCUUGUCUUCAGGCAGGCGCUGCAAGGCCUGGCAAAUGUAACACUGAGAGAGUGA